AUGGCAGGAGACGAGAGGGCUCAGUCGGACGCAGACGAUGGCCCGGCUGAUACGCAAUUGAGCAAGUCCAACACCCGGCCGAGCCUGCCGGGCGACGCCGACGGCCCCAGGUCGCUGGAUCACGUACUGCACGUUGACACCGGGACCGCGCCGCCCAUCACCAACCCAAAGCGAGCCCAGAGCAUGCCCAACACAGCCGACACCACCGCGCACACUGGCGACCAUGGCUCACCACAAUCCCCGUUGCGAAUAGCCCCCGUCCAGGCAAGUAAAACCGCCGGGAUAGCACCACACAAGAAUGUACGAGCAAGCGAGGAAUUCGAUAGGCGAUUCGAUGGGCCCUUCGGUCGACCGAGCUUGGCCAUGGAGCGGAGGAGGUCGUCAAUCACUCCAGCAAGCCCUAUAAGACAAGGCGUUGUGUCACCGAUUGGCCAGCCGGAGCGAGAGAAGCUGGACGACCAGGCAGCGGGGAGCGAAGGCGAGUCGUCGGGACGGGUAAUACAGCCCAUCUUUGAGCCAGAGCCUCCACCGCUCAAUUAUACGCUUCGGACGCGCAAGAUCGCCAUCUUGCUCUUCUGGACCGUCAUCGUCUUCGACUCUGUCGCCAUGCCCAUCGCCCUAUACUUCGGCUUGUGGUAUGGCGUCGGGCCGGGGACCAACACGCCAACCGAAGAGAAGGAGAAACUGUCGGCCAACACUGUCUUUUCAAUCGUCACCGCUGCCAUCGGCGGCGCCAGCAUCAUCGAGUACUUCCUUCGCUUCUGGCGGCUGUGGAGGAAGAACAGCACCUGCCGUGUGAUCGGGGCUCGCCGGUGGUACCUGGAUUGGUUUCACUGGAACUUCUCGCUCGCAUGGAUCAUUGUCAUGAUCGAGCUGAUUGUAGGAUCCGUACCCGAGCACCCACCAAUCCGUCUACUCUCCAUGCCUCUAGCAACCAUGCUGUACACAUUCGGCACGGAGCUCCUCAUUGUCGAUAUAUGUCGAUAUUUCCAAGUACCCGCCCCGUGUCGAAUUUCGUCGAUUCCAAAGGGAGCGCAAUUGCGGCCUGGUAUAUAUAGUCUGAUUGAGGAUAUUUGCUCGGUUGAUGGCUCGGGCGGCACAGCUUUCCGAGAAGCCUUUGACCGCCGCUACGAAGCCAGCCACAUAUUCCGUGCCAUGCUAAGGCGCCUAGGCGUCUUUUGGGCUGUCGGCGCAGAGGGCACAGCAGUGGUCUGUACAAUCUUGAUUUUCACUAUCGGCAAGGACGCCGCGUACGUUGUUGGCUGGUCUGUGCCAUUCAUCUGGGCAGGCAUCUGGACGCCCCUCACGUUCUGGUAUGUGAAGAGGGAACUGAAAAAGGAGAGGAUCGUGUGGGCGGAGGAGGUUGCUAGGAAAACCCAGGCAUAG